UGGUCAAUAAAAUAGGCAACCUUUUGUUUCCCCUUUGAUAGUUUUAUCGGCUAGUUUUAUGGCAAUAUUUUGGCAAUGACUUUGGUAGAUACAAAAUAUAAAUGCACCUUUGUUAUAUUUCCAAAUGGAUGUUUUCUUUACUUCAUUUCGACAUACAAUGAUUUAUUCCAAAUUCAAAACGGAAAGGAAAAUGCUCCUAGUUAUUAUAGAAAAGAGAACUGGUUCUUGUAAGAAUUUUAUAAUCUGUAAUUUCCUUGUUUUCAUUGGAUUGUCUCCUUUAAAUUAGGUUAGAUGCAAACAAAGACAAACAACGCCUACUUAAUUAGCAGUCAGACCCAAUAUGAGGUAAUGGUUCGUGGGUGGUCCUUGCCAUUCCGCCCCUGGAAAUGGAUUGAGUCCUGGCAAAUGUGAAAACAGCUGUUGGCGAAUGUGCGAAAAUUGCUGGAAAAUUGCCGGCGAAAUUGUCUGGACCUAGACCAUGGCCAUCGUGGUGCUGAUUUGCAUAAGAGAGCUGGCGGCCUCAGCUGCAUUUUGCCAAUUAUCACACGGCCUGCUAGCCGGUUUCUUCAGUCAGUCAGUCAUUCAGUCAAUCAGUCAGUUAGUCCGUCAGUCAGGUGGUUAUUCUGUCAGUAAGUCAGCAAUUCAAUCGUCGUUGCCGGCACUUUUGUCGCGUCACAGGGAAAAUUUUUGCCACCGGCGAGUGUAAUUUUCCCAGGUUCUAUUUUUUCUCAGCGGUAUUGUCGAUAUUAUCAAAAGAAUUUGGCUUUCAGGGCUUAGUUUUUAAAGGCGUUGGUCUUGAACUAGCUUACUUCUUUUUAAAUAUACUCUUCAUCUGGUUAAGUUUCUUCAAAUGUUUGAUUAGUUUAAAACUUAUGAGUGCAAAGUUUGAGUCUAUACAUCAUAUAGUUCAUAAAUAAAUUGAUUACAAAGUCGCUGAAACAUCGUUAUUGUCUGAGAAAACCAUCAAACGUUUAGUUAGCGCCAGGUGCUUGCUUUACGACUUUUGUGGAGCCUUUAUAAAUGAUAAAACAAGAGACAAAUAAGACUCACAACAAUAAUAGUUAAAUAUUUAGAACAUCAAAUAUAUAUAAUUUGGGUGAAUUAUUGGGUUUACUUUAGAGUCACCCUCACUUUAAGGUGGAAGGGGGACAUCUUUUGACAAUUAGUUCGAAUUUACGAAAGUAUUUUAUGCAAUCGAGUCAGUCAUAAGCAGCUCAUUGACAAACUGCAAAAAUUUACCAAACAAUAAUCUCAACAUUCAAUUUCAAUGAAGAUCGCAUAGUUACAAAAAAUAUAAAACUUUUAUUUUCGCUUUUUUAUGACUUGCAUGCUUUAAUGAAGGUGUAUGCGUGUUCAAGAAAGUGUUGAAAGUUGUUUUUUUUUCGUUUUUGUGAUUUAUAUUGCUGGCAGUUUAAUAAGCGGAAAUGUGACAACAUAUACGCCACCCAACCAAAGUGGGUGGUUGACAAUGAACUGAAAGAAAGCCGAAAGAGGAGUCCCAAUUAUAACAAUAAUAAGAGUUUUUUUUUUAUUUUAUUGUGUAUAUGCACGCAUAAGUUAAAUUUGCUUUGGUAAUUACCGCAUGAACUUUUCUUACUUUUGAAACUCUGGACGGAAAAAUUUUGAGAACUUCCAAAACUAGUCCAAGAUAUUUAAACGAAUAACAAGGGCACAUAAAACAUUAAUAUUGACUAUUUAUUUAAGUCUGAUUUUUUAAUAGGAGGCUUCUAUUAUAUAGCUUUUAUUGAGCUUUAGAGAUAAUGAAAAGAUCAGAGAAUUCCAAAUAUUUUUUUGGCUUGAAAUAGUACCAAGUCGGCGGUGAGACAGAUAGGCAGUUCUGAAAAUGAGAGCGAGUGCUUUUGUAGUGAUUUUUUAUAUUUUACUGGACCUACACUUGAUUUGUGCAGACACAGUUGAAAAUGUAACAGAUCCAAAUGAAUUCGAAAAUUGUGAGGAGUUUUGCUAUUCUGAUAACGAAUACGUUAAAAUUUUUUUUAAAAAUCAUGAUAGGGAUUACGAAUUUAAGUUAAAUCACGAGCAGUAUGAGCUAAAAAAAACCUUAAAGGAUUUAACAGGGUUUACUUAUGCUAAGCGAUGGCUGUCCAAUCAGCUUUUACAGUGUAAGGCCACGGGAAAGGUUUCGAAUGUACCACCUUACAAUCCGAGAGAAAUAUACAAAAUGAAGCUCCGUGGAAUGACACCCUUUGAUGGACCCUGCGCUUCGGGACCUGGAUGGAUACUAGUUCAAAGAAGAUUCGAUGGAAGUGUGGACUUCAACCGCACCUGGAAUGAGUAUAAGGAAGGAUUUGGCAAUAUCCAAGGAGAGUUUUUCAUGGGGCUGGAUCGGCUACACUUGAUGACUUCAUCGGCGCAACAUGAGCUUUGUAUUAGGAUUGCGGACUUCGACGGGGAUUCCGCCUAUGCCCACUACACUCACUUCGAAAUCGGCAACGAGGAAGAAUCAUACGAGCUAAAAUAUAUCGAGGGAUAUUCAGGAACAGCUGGUAACUACUUAACUGCAAACAAAAAUAUGAAAUUUUCUACUAUUGAUCGAGACAAUGACAAAGAAAAACACAAUUGCGCAAAGAAUCUCAAUGGAUGGUGGUUUAAAGAAUGUUAUUUCAUGUCGUCCAAAAGUGCCCUUAAUGGCCCAUACGAUGAAGAUGGCGGGAACGGAGGAAUAAUGUGGCUCUGGAAAAGGAACUUUUCUCGGUCCAUCACCUUUUCGGAAAUGUUGAUUAAAUCUGUUUGAAUGCUUGGAAAAAAAAUAUAUGUCUUUGAUUUUAAGUAUUUACAAAAAAAUUUUUUUACACUGUUUAGUUACUCGAUGACUUGUUCAUAACUCAUAGUUCUUGCUUCAUAAACAAAUUCAGAAGUUAAGUUUUUUGAUUAGGUAGGGCCAACAUGUGCGGCCAUCAUUGACCUCUAGUUUCGGCUUUGAUAACAAUAUUCUGAACUUGAUCUGUUUGAUCUCAUGAGCCGCUUUGGAGAUUACCGAAGCUCAUCAAACACCAAAUUAUUUUCGGGUUCGCGCAUUUUAAAGUCUACCGCGAAUCAGAUCACACGCUUGAAAUGAAUUUUAGUUUUUGCCUAAUAGUUCUGUGUCUAGCAGUAUGUCACAAAGUUUCUGUUGUUCGAACCGAGCCAGAUACAGAUAAAGAUGCCCAAAAAGAGAUAUGUAAAGAAUUUUGCAAACCGUACUGGGACAACUUGUGGCAAUAUAUGACGCAUUCCAAAGAACACUAUGAACGCAAUUAUACGGAUACACAGGCUGAAAUUCGACGACAAUCCAAGGAAGUCGGAAAGCUUAGGACAGCAUAUACAAGGCUGUCUGAGGAUCUCUCAAAUUGUAAAAGGAAAAGGAAUUUCCCAACUGAUCCGUCAAACAAUCGGAAUAAAACAUACCAUGAAAAAUUACAAGAAUUGAAGGCCUUUGAAGGGCGCUGUGCAUCGUCCUCUGGGUGGAUAGUCAUUCAGAGACGAUUCGAUGGAAGUGUUGACUUCAAUCGCGUCUGGAAUGAGUACAAGGAAGGAUUCGGAACCAUCGAAGGAGAGUUCUUCAUAGGACUAGAGACUCUACAUUUGCUGACCAACAUAACAAAGUAUGAACUUUGUGUGAGGAUUGGAGAUGCUGGAGGAGAUUCCGCUUACGCGCACUAUGACGAUUUCCAAAUAGGCAGCGAAAAGGAAUCCUACGAGCUCAAAUCCCUUGGAAAAUAUUCUGGGACAGCUGGUGAUAACCUUAAACUCAACCAAAACAUGAAAUUUUCGACAAUCGAUCGGGACAAUGACAAGUUCAAGGGAAAUUGCGCUAUUAUAAACGGUGGAUGGUGGUACAAUUUAUGUUGGCGCAGUGCACUAAAUGGACCCUAUAGACCCUUAUUUAAUGAUGUUAAUGGAGGAGGAGUGAAGUGGUUAUGGAAGAAACAGUUUACCGUAUCACUCGCCUUCGCUGAAAUGAUGGUGCGACCUAAAUCCGUGAAACUUGUACAAAAAUAACUAUAUUAACAUUUU